AUGAGCUCCACUACAGAUCAAACAGAAGCAGAAAUCUAUAACAGCAAUCUCGAUCUUUCAACCCUUCCUCAUUUCACUCAUGAAGAAUUACGUCAAUAUAACGGAACCACCAAUCCAAAGAUCUAUGUUGCCAUAAGAGGAAGAGUAUAUGAUGUAAGUCAGAAUCUCAAUAGUUAUGGUCCAGGAAAGGCAUAUAAUAGAUUAGCUGGUAUAGACGGGAGUAGAUUAUUAGGAAUGAAUAAAUUGGUAAGCGAUGAUAAAGAAGAUUGGUAUACUGAAGAUUUGGAUGAUAGCCAGAAUGCAAUUAUUGAUAAAUGGGUUAUAUUCUUUGACAAGAGAUAUCAUGUCAUUGGUACUGUUGGUUAA